GAAGGGCGGGGAAUGUGAGACGCGCAUGCGCCGUUGGCAAAACAGGGACAUGCGACGCCUGUAGCAGUUUUCGUCGCGUUCUGGUGACGUCACACUCGUUCCUUCUACCUUUCAAACGCCAUCUGCGGGCCCGUAACCGACCCCCGGUGUACACAGAGACCGCGUUGCCUCUCCCGCUGCCAUGUUCAGAUACAAGAUCACGCUGAAAGAUCGCCACCAGCUCUACAAGCUGAUCAUCAGCCAGCUCCUCUACGACGGGCACCACAACGUCGCCAACGGGCUGAUCAAUGAGCUCAAACUGACUUCUGGGUGCGCCCCGUCUGAGCAGCUCCUCCACCUCAUCAAAGUGGGUAUGGAAAACGACGACAGCACCGUGCAGUACGCCAUCGGCCGCUCGGACACGGUGGCCCCCGGAACCGGGAUUGACCUGGAGUUCGACGCCGACGUACAGACGAUGUCGCCGGAGGCCUCGGAGUACGAGACGUGCUACGUCACCUCCCACAAGGGGCCCUGCCGCGUGGCCACGUACAGCCGGGACGGUCAGCUGAUCGCGACCGGCUCCGCCGAUGCCUCCAUCAAGGUCCUGGACACGGAGAGGAUGUUGGCCAAGAGCGCAAUGCCGAUAGAGGUGAUGAUGAACGAGACCGCCCAACAGAACAUGGAGAACCAUCCCGUCAUCCGGACUUUGUAUGACCAUGUGGAUGAAGUCACGUGUCUGGCGUUCCACCCAAAUGAGCAGAUCUUGGCUUCGGGAUCCAAAGAUUACACCCUGAAACUAUUCGAUUACUCCAAACCGUCAGCCAAAAGAGCCUUUAAGUUCAUCCAGGAAGCAGAGAUGUUGCGAUCGAUUUCGUUCCACCCGUCAGGAGACUUCAUCAUUGUCGGCACGCAACACCCAACCCUACGGCUUUACGACGUCAACACCUUCCAGUGCUUCGUCUCCUGCAACCCUCAGGAUCAGCACACAGACGCCAUCUGCUCGGUCAACUACAACCCCACCGCCAACACCUACGUCACGUGCAGCAAGGACGGCAGCAUCAAGCUGUGGGACGGCGUGUCCAACCGCUGCGUCAACACAUGGGACAAGGCCCACGACGGGGCCGAGGUGUGCUCGGCCAUCUUCUCCAAAAACUCCAAGUACAUCCUGUCCAGCGGGAAGGACUCGGUGGCCAAGCUGUGGGAGAUAUCCACGGGACGGAUGCUGGUUAAGUAUACAGGUGCCGGGCUGAGCGGACGCCAGGUUCACCGGACUCAAGCCGUGUUCAACCACACCGAAGACUACGUCCUUCUCCCCGACGAACGGACGAUCAGCCUCUGCUGCUGGGACUCCAGAACGGCUGAACGCCGCAACCUCCUCUCGCUGGGUCACAACAACAUCGUGCGCUGCAUCGUUCACUCUCCAACCAACCCCGGAUUCAUGACUUGCAGCGACGACUUCCGAGCCCGCUUCUGGUACCGCCGCUCCACCACGGACUGAGCCGCCGCCCCACCAUGGACUGAGCCGCCGCCCCAUCACCAUGGACUGAGCCGCCGCCUCUGCCGCCCCACCACAGACUGAGCCGCUGCUCCCCCCGACACAAAGACUGAUCUACAUAGACCUGUACAAUAUGAACUAAUUGGAGCCUUAAAGAUGGACGACGUGGAGGGAUGUGGUCUUGUAUAUGAAUUCCAAGGCCAGCAUUCUAGUUCUGUAUUUUUUUUUUUUUAAUCUGUGGAAUUUCGAUCUGCCUUAAACCGCCAUCCUCCUGCAUUCCUUUUCCGGAGAGCGUCCUGAUCUACGCGUUCUGUGUAUUUUUUCCAGGCGGUAGGUCAGUGUGUGGGCUGCUCUCCUCCUAACAUAGAAGAAGCUGGGCUGUUACUUCACGUACGCAAUGGAUUCCCCAUCCCCCCCCCCCCCCCUCUCCACCGGGCCACACACUGCUGCCAGGACCGCCAGGACUUUAUACACAACGCACACCAUUCUUAAUGUGUGUCAUGAAUUUGCAAUGUCAGAGACAACAGGCCAAUCCUUUUUUAUAGUAUUAAAUGUUUUUCUUUUUAUCUAAAAUCAAA